UGGUGGGACUUUGUUGUAGGGUCCGGGUUAUCCCCACGAGAAAAUCUACUAUCCCGCCUUCCCGCUCCUUUGAAUCUCAUCUGGGAGACCCCAUUUUUUCUAAGUAGAAAGAAAACUAGGUUUAAGAGAGGGGGAAACUUCAGAGAAAGGGAAGUCAGAAGAAUGGAAGUGGUUAGCUAGCUUGCUUUGAUUGCGAGUGUUGUGUGUUUUUUCUUCUUCUUUUGAGUGGUCUCUUUGAGGUAUGCUGGUGGAGGAAUCCAUUUAGCUCGCCGACAUGGAUACUCCGGAGAGGAAACAGAUCGCCACUACUUCUGUCUCUAAAUUUGAGGAUUCCCCUGUCUUCAAUUACAUCAACAAUCUAUCACCGAUCCAACCCGUAAAGUCUAUACAUACUACGCAGACAUUCAACUCUCUUAGUUUUGCCUCCCUUCCGUCGGUUUUUACUUCACCACACGUUAGUUCAUACAAGGAAUCUAGAUUCUUAAGAAGGCACAGUGUUGCAGAUCUAUCGAAACCGGACUUCGCUUCUGAAAAUGGGAAUAAAGUUGACACCAAUGGAGGUGUUACUGGGAGUGUGUCUCAAUUACAGGGGAACUCUAGUGCACCAGAUGGUAACUCUGAUUCAACCGAGCUUCCUUCUGUGCACUCAUUGUCUACUAAAGAGGAGCCACAAGCUAUGAAGAGUGAUUCGGCUCGUCCAGACUGUGACCAAAAGCUACCAGAUAGUGUUACAGAAUCAGGUGAAGAUCCAGCUUUAAUUGAACCCUAUGUUCACAACAAAUCAGGAAAUGGAUCAGCUGAAGCUGAAGCGAAUAAGCAAGUCGUAAGCCUCACUGAAGAAAGAGAGGCGACCGGUUAUGAUUGGGAAAGCUUAAUUACUGAAGGCUCUGAUCUUUUGAUAUUCAGCUCCCCCAACGGUUCAGAGGCUAUCAGACUAGUUCAGAAACCAUUAGACCUUGUGACAGGGUUUACUUCAAGUACCUUGUCUCAAAUCAUGGAAAACGACAAUACCAAUCUGUCGAAAAUGAGAAUUGCUGAUCCAAUAGAAUCUAGUGGUGGACAGCAGGAAAUUGAGUUUUUGUCAUCUCAAGCUGGAGAGGCUCAUGAGCUAAAAGAUAUGGACCGAGCAAUAGAUAGCCUUUCUUUUCCAAACUCAAGUAACUCUAUGAGUAGGGAAAUAACAGAUGAUGAGGUGGCUAGAUAUAUUACCGAUGAUUGUAAGCCAGUGUCUAAUUUGUAUCGGGGUAUGCGGAGGCGCUGUCUGGACUUCGAGGCAGCAGUCAGUCGAAGAAAAAACUUAGAAGAUGGUUCAACUAGUGGUUCUGUGUCGACACAUCCAGAAGAGAAGAUGCCAUCCGUCGAUAAACAGCUAGUCCCUUAUAAAUCCGGUGGUGUUGCAACUCGAUGCAUUUUAACUGGAAUAGGUUUACACUUAAAUGCUUUGGCAACAGCGUCAAAGGAUGCCAAAACUCUCAAUCAAGAGAAGUUUUCGUCCGAGAGGCAGCUGAAUUUGCCAAAUUCGAGUGCUUCAUGUCACUCUCCCUCAACUGGCCUGGAUCCUCGCUUAACUUCGGUCGUUACCGAAAGGGAUAUGGACCCUUCAGAGAAUGGGGUUCAUAACGAGGAAGAUGCUGUGAGGGCAUCCGCUUAUGUGCUUGCGGAGGACUUCAAUCAAAAUAGUCCCAAAAAGAAGAGGCGUCGGUUGGAACAUGCUGGAGAAACUGAGUCGUCGUGCAAACGCUGUAAUUGUAAAAAGUCGAAGUGUUUAAAACUUUACUGUGAAUGCUUUGCUGCGGGUGUUUACUGUAUCGAGCCAUGCUCGUGUCAAGAUUGCUUUAACAAACCUAUACAUGAAGAUACCGUUCUUGCAACUCGCAAACAGAUUGAAUCUCGCAAUCCACUUGCAUUUGCUCCCAAAGUGAUCAGGAACUCGGACUCUCUUCCUGAGCCAGGGGAUGAAUCUAACAAAACCCCGGCGUCUGCACGGCAUAAAAGAGGAUGCAAUUGCAAGAAGUCAAGUUGCCUCAAGAAAUACUGUGAAUGCUAUCAGGGCGGUGUUGGAUGCUCCAUCAGUUGCAGAUGUGAGGGGUGUAAAAAUGCAUUUGGAAGAAAGGACGGGUCUUCUUUAUUAGGAUUAGAAACUGAACAAGAAGAAGAAGAACCAGAAACAAACCAAGCGAGUGCGAUGGACGACAAAGCUUUGCACGGCCCUGAAAUUCCGAAUAAUGAAGAACAGAACCCAGGUUCUGCAAUUCCCUCAACACCAUUACAGCACUGCAGGCAAUUGGUUCCUCUACCCUUCUCCUCAAGGAGCAAACCGCUGCGUUCUUCAUUUCUCAACGUCGGAUCCUCGUCUGGAUUUUACACUGGCAACAAGCUCGAAAAGCCGAACAUUCUCCAAUCUCAACCAGAUCCAGGGAAAAAUACUCUUCCUGGUAUGGAAGAUGAAAUGCCCGAUAUUCUUUGUGGCAAUUGCUCUCCUGGUGCAGGCGUGAAGACUGGCUCCCCCAACAGUAAGAGGAUAUCUCCUCCUCAGAGCGACUUCGGGUUAUCGCCAUUACCACGAACGGGCCGGAAGUUGAUAUUGCAGUCGAUUCCUUCUUUCCCUUCUCUCACCCCUCAACACUGAACAUGGUGAGUCUUCCGAGCAAAGUCUGCUUCAAUUUGUCAAUUAGUUGAAAAGUAUGUUGCUCAGUAGUGCUCUGUAUAAUAAAAGUAGUGUCCGUACGCCCAAUACCUCCAACUUAUCAUGUAAAAUAUUAGUUUCCCUAAGCUUGUACCUGUAGAAAUGAUGGUUGGACUGUUGAUUUAUAUAGAUCCUUCAUUAGUUUGCUUCUUU